AAAAAGUGAAGUAGUUGUGAUAUCUUUGAUCAUCACGCUUAUUUAAUUACAAUCAAUUUAUACAUUUUAUAUUAUUUACCACAUAAUUUACUUCUGACUGUUAUAAUGAGUAGCAAGAAGUGGAAAGAUGCAGCGACACUUAUUAUUGCGGCUAGGAAUCCUUUUCAUAAAAAUAACUGUGCGAAUGACUCGGCUGUUAACCGAGACGUAUAUGACUACAAGAUUCUAACAAUAAAACGUAGUAAUAAUAGUUCUUUCAUGCCAGAAACAUUCGUUUUUCCUGGAGGGCAUACCGAGGAUUCUGACGCAUGUCUAGAAUGGCUAGAUUUGUACAGCGAGUGUGGAGUUAACAUUAGGAAACUUACUGAGUUGAAUAACGAAAUUAAGUCGGGACCCAGAGAUAUUUUUCACUCAAAUUCCUCUGGUAAAAUUCAUCAACUUAUUUCGUUGAGAAUCAGUGCCAUCAGAGAGACGUUCGAAGAAUGUGGUCUUAUGCUGUGCAAAAGGCGCGUUACUAGCCAAUCCGAAGUAGCAGAUAGCUGGUGUUCCUAUUUAUACGGAAAUGAAACUAAAGAAUGGCAAUCUAGAGUUCAAAGAAACCCUUCUGAAUUUAUAAAUGCAUGCAGGCAUUUCCAGUGUUUUCCAGACAUUUGGUCCCUCAAAAAAUGGAGUAACUGGCUGACCCCAGCAACUUUCUCUAAAAGGUUUAAUGCAGCCUUUUUCUUAACAACAGUAAAUCAGAUACCACCCACGAAUGCAGACAACAUUGAAGUUUCAGAAAUUAAGUGGCUCACCCCAGGCGAGGUCCAGAGGCUGGCGGAUGCAGGAGACAUCACCGUCCCCAUCCCGCAGCUGUACGAGGUGGCGCGUCUGAGCAACUUCUCGUCAGCCGAGAGCCUCCGUCACUUCGCUGAGCUGCGGGAUGCGCAGCCCUCGCAGUGCUGGAUGUCCGUGCACUGUGCCUGUGACGACGGCAUGAUCUUCCUUCUGCCAGGGGACGACCUGUACCCCGCGGGGGAGGACCUGGAGGCCCGGCGGGAAGUGGAGACGCUGGUGGGCUCGGUGGAGGCGCUGAGGGCCGGCGCCGCACGCCUCAACAGGCUGGAGAGCCGCGGCACGCGCUGGCGCGUCGUCUCCAACCUUGGGUCCGACCUGGCCGGAGGUCGCGUGUUCCCCUGCCCGCCCGCGCCCGCCAAGCUGUGAGGCCCGGGGCCCAGCUGGGUGCACUGUACCUGACCCUGGCCCAGCUCGGAGCACUGUACCUGACCCGGGUCCAGCUCGGAGCACUGUACCUGACCCUGGCCCAGCUCGGAGCACUGUACCUGACCCUGGCCGAGCUCCGAGCACUGUACCUGACCCGGGUCCAGCUUGGCCGAGCUCGCAGUACUGUACCUGACCCUGGCCCAGCUCGGAGCACUGUACCUGACCCGGAGCACGUUGCACAGACAUACCUGAACUGUGGUACAAUUACAAGAGUACUGUGACAUCUGCACGUCAAUCACGGGUCUUUCAAUCCAAGUCGUCAUAACUACGGCGUCUUAAUGUUAUGACUGUCGCCUUAUGACGGAGGUUAAAAAAAAAGUGAUUUCAUUUCUCCUCGUUAUAACUGUCGCACCUUACGUAGGCAUCUUAACUAUGAUGUGAGGUACUAUUAUUUUGAAUUUUAAUACUUCGUAAACAUAAUCAUCGUAGAAUAUUUCCAGUUUAGAAAUAUCGCAAAUGUAAAUGCAAACGCUACGUAAUCAUUGCUGUUAAAAUAUUCAAUGUUACGUUUCUGUAUUCACUGCUUGUGAUUGCUUUUAUUUCAUUUAUGUACAUAAUGUCGACACUUUUGGACUCUCAGAAAUGACGACUUGAGUGUCCUUACUUAGUACGUGUGUUAGGUGUAGGCCUACACAGUAUUUACUGUCUGCUGCUUUUUCCUUGAAAACUAAUAGCGUUAUGCUCCAAUUAAUUACUGGUAAUUUAAAUAUAUACACACAUGUAUUUUUUUUAAUGGUAGAAGAUUUAUUUGCAGGUGAAAAUAAUAAAUAUUAUGCUCUUUUCUUUGAAACAUACAACUUUUAGUUUAAUAAAAUUAGUUUUAGAGAAUUUUAAACAGAAACAAUUACCUCUCCAUAUAAUACUUCUUAAACAGAUGUAAAAUAUGCAUGCAUUCUCGUUUAUAUUUAUAAUGAAUUGUUUAUUGAUUCUUGGAAAUAGGGUCUGUCUUAAAUAUGUAGUCUUGCAUUUGUGAAUAACAGAUUGUUUUCCAAGCAGACUUUCUGUAUUUGUAGAAAAAAUUUGUAAAGAUGGUUUUGUGUGGUCAGCAUACAGACUUCACUUGUAAAGAUGAUUUUUACUACACACCAAAAUCUUUAGAAUUGGUUGCACGGAAAGGGAAAACUAAGGAUGAUUAAUCACAAACAAGUUUUAAUCAUGUAGUUACUCAUGUAUGAUGUAUUAAUCCACUUUGUGGAUCUACAGUGACAAAAUUACUAGUGAAGCACAAUAUGAGAUUAAGUCAUGAGAUAUGACCAUAUUAAAGUGGCAUCAACAUAA